AAGUCUCUCCAGCCGGACUCCAUCCACAUCCUCCACCACGUCUUCAGCCAAUAUCCCCCUCCUUCCUCGCCGUGCACCCUUUGCCCCUCUUCGGUCGACAAACGCCCCCCUUGCCGCUGACGAUCAGAUGUCCUCCUCCACCUCGUCUACGUUUCUAGAUUACAACCCUACCGAUAACUCUCAGGACAACGACCCUGCACGCUUUGGUAUCGGGAGAGCCAUCAUUCCACGUACUCCCGUUGACAGUGUCAGCACCAAUGCACCUCCAUCCUCGAGGCGCAGGUCUAUCCCAAAUCAAGCACAGAGCAGUACGACUGUGUCGCGACCGCCUCUGCUACAAUCUCUACGUCCACUCCCUCGACGACCGAAUCAUUCGCCAUCCGCUUCCAGCUCAUCGUCCCGACGCGGCUCACUUCCCAACAUCCUGCAACAGUCGACGGCUAAGGCCGCACCGUCGCAGCCUGUACCUUUGGUCCACAACGACAAUGCUAACGUGCUCAUGCCUCCUGACGACAUCUACUCCAAUCUCUCUACGUAUACCUUCGGUGCCGCGCGAUCACCUCAGCGACCCACAGACCAGUCGAUCAGUCCCUUCACAGUAGCGGCUUCCAAUAGUGGCGAUCUUCAUACCCCUCGGCAGUCUAUUUCAGGCUCGAGCGGCACCACUCGUGCUCGGAAUACACCCAAGAUCAGUACUUUGGACGUGAAGGACGGAGCUUGGUCAGACGAGGACGAGGACGAGGACGAGGCAGCAAGACAGAACAGGGCCAAGAUGCGUGCUAUCGAUGAUGGUACCCGCAGACCUUCUCUCCCCACCAACGCAUACUCCGGUCCCUCGGGAUCGGCUUCGUCACCCCGCGCCGACACAGAUUCGGAAGUAGAGCUGGAUUCGGCCACUGCGUACGAUGACGAUGGCGAAGAGCUUGAUACGGACGUGGAGUUUGACUAUCGGAACCCCUCUCGUGAAGAUAUUUCUGAUGCCGCCUCCCUGCACACCUUCGGCGGUGGUGACAAGUCCUACUACGCUCCGGGUCCUGCACGAGAUGAGCGGUACAGCAGGCUGAGUUUCGCCCCCAGCUACAUGUCGCAGGAUCCGAGUGAGUACCAAGAUGAAGACGAGGAUAUAGAGCACGUUGAUGCCGGUGCGUCCUCGCCUGUCACCUUCGCUCGAGUGGACAGCGGCGGCGAGGAGGGCACGCCGAGCUCUUUCGGGUCCCAUCCUCCAUCUCGCCGUGGAAGCGUCCCAUGGAACAUUCCCGGUGCCCCAGGCACCACUCCUCGGGGCCGCGAAGACAGCGAAGCGACGAUCCUGGCCGAACGCCGCAUGAGCAGGAGUCUCGGCGACGAGCUUGGCCAGCACUCGCCCGCUGCGCUUCCUCAUGUGCAGGCGACGAGUCAGCCCACCACCCUCGCGGACUGGCGCAAUCUGGAGGCGCAGGUGCAGGCGCAGGAAGAGGCGUUUGUGCGGAAUGAGCAGGACGAGCAGGUGCAGCUGGACGAUAACAUCACGACGGAUCCGGUGGUGACGGACACGUACGAGGGCUUCAACCUCCAGUACAUCCUUGGCGAUGGCAUUCGGCGAUCGUGGUCGUCGGGCGCGCCUUCAUACAUCGCUGCAGGUGGACUAGACUCCCGCCGUCCUAGCACGUCCAUUAUCGCUCCGUGGGAAUACCAGAACUCGAUCUCGAGUGGACGUCGAUCCAGCACGACGACGAUGAGCGACGAUGCCUUCACUUCGCAGCUGCGGAAGCUCGACAAAGGAUAUCUCAGGCGGCGCGAGGAGUGGAGCUUCCGGAAGGAGAUGGCAGACGGCUCUGCCGUCAACGUUCUUCCGGCUCGCGCUGGUCGUCCAGCGAUCCACGAGCUCUGGCGACAUCAGUACGUGGGCAGGUUCAAGGUUGACAAGCAGUGGACAGAACAUCCCUCGAAAGCACCCACGCAGCGCAUCAAUGUCCGCCAUAUCGCCGACCCGUUCUCGCGCGGGAACACGAAGGGCGGUCCGCACUCCAUCAUCCACAGGCAUUCCCGGGCGAUCGCGUUCAGUAUCUUCCGCAAGUACGGCUUGUUCGGACGCGCGCACAAGCCUGGUGGGACGUCGUUCCAUGUACACACGAGCGGGACGAUCCUGCUUGCAACGAUGGACGUGCAGGCCCAUUUCACGAGCACUCGAACGACCAGCCAGCUGAAUGCUCAUGGCCUCCUUACCGAAGGGCAGCCUAGACCUGCCGAUCGUGAGUCGGGCGGCCGUGAUCGGUCGAAGGAUAAGGAGCGGGACAAGGCGAAGGACAAGGGAAAGGCGAAGGACAAGGGCAAGAUGGGUCAAAAGGGCGCGUCGGACACGUCCAGUCAGACUGCGAGCGUCGGUAGCGUUACUUCGAGCAACGCGACGCACGCGUCGACAGUGACGGCUACCAGCAGGAUCGUGGAAGAAGACAGUCCGAUGGGGAGGCGGCCGUAUACAGCUUCUCCGCCUUCUGUCCCGACCUCCCCUACCAUCGUGCCAUCGUCUGCCGCUUCUACGAGCUACUCGACCUCUACUACUACAAUUUCCGCUGAACCUUCUCCCGCGCCCACCCUCGAUGUGUCGAUGUUCUCUCGUGAUCGGCUUCCGUCAUCCAUUACACGGAAUGGUCGUGACGAAGACGGCAUGGAUCUUGAUGACGAGACUCGCCAUCCGCGAACAUCCCAUGCGGAGGCCUUUGCCACCCUGGACUCGGGGAGUAUCGAGUAUCUCCGCGGACGGUCUGACCAUCACGUCGAGCACGAGCAUUCAGGUGGUGGUGGGAUGCUUGAGAGGAUUGCGCGGCGCAUACGGGGGAACAACGUCCGGGCCGGUGCGAAGACUGCCGGUCCGUCACCCGAUGCAGCCUUCACCCCUACGUUACCGCCUUGGGUUACCCUCGCACCUCGCUCGAAGCAAGAAGAGCGCGAGCGCGUUAUCCAGAAUCUCAACGACUCGUUCAAGGACGUUGGCCUACUGCCGACCUUCCGACCUAAUCGCGCCGAACGCAGUAAGGGCAAGCAGCCGAUGAAGAACCAAGCAGGCGUCAACGUAUUCGAGGAGGUCCCUGUGGAUGCCCUCCACAUGCUGCUCCCGCUCUGGCCCUGCAACACAGAUGAAUCGUCUACCGUCGCUAACGAGGACAGCGCCAAAUACAUACUUCCCGUCGAGGAGCGCCAGUACCUCAUCGUCUAUUACGUGCCCUUCGACGAGCGCAAGAACAAGAAAAAGAAGGGUGACGCGAACAAGAAACGCUCUCGGGCCGACUCUCUGGCGACAUCUACGGCCGUUGCGCCGAAGACGAAGGGGAUUCCGAAGUCCUCGUUCCGUGUGUGCGCUCGCCUGGUCUCCUAUCAAGACUUCCUCGGAACUGGUGUUCGUUUGCCGAGCGAAGGUUUGGCGAUAACGGGCCCCAUGACGGAAGCUAUGGCAGCCCUUCCUCCCGCCUCAAUUCGUGAGCAGCACCCUGGUGACGUCGUCAUCGGGGUGUGCUCUGGGAAAGAGAAGGAAAUUGAAUUUCUUCCGGAGGGUCUUGCCUCCGUUGGUCUUGCCACAGCGAUAGUGGAGAACCAGCCGCCACAGCCCCCGUCGCCCGUGCAUGAAGAGGAGAUGAUGGACGAAUUUGACCCGACAUACACGCUCACGCCCAUUGGACGCGCCGCGGUCGAGAUGGCUUGGCUAGGUUGCCUUGCGAUCACGUUCUCGGACGUUCCUCCCCCGGCGAUGAAGUCAUGAACGCGACGCAUGCACGCCACGACGGACUUUCCCACAUGGUGUAUCAUAAUCAAUUUUCCCCGUCGGACGGUGUACAUUUUCCCCGGGGCUCAGAGCGGCGCUUGCCGCUCGUGUUGCUACCGCACAAGACAACCUACUCCCAUGUAACCAUGCCCAUCUGGUCCCGUAUGCAUAUGCUUCAACUAUACUCCGAGUACCGAUAUUUACUGUUCACGAUUAUUCCCGUCCCCCUCCCCCUCUGCUCACCGCUUCGCAAUAUCGUGAUCGAUUUCGAUACCCACCAUGGCUUGGCUGCUACCAACACCAUCUGUAUACAUCUGUUCUCUUUUUGGUCGCAUGCGUGCAUGGAUUACCUCGGUGUCUCUCAUAACGCAGUAACGCAGCAAUGAUUACCUUUGUGCCCAUUUCCUCAGACUAGAUUCUGUAUGAUAUUCGCAUCGUCCCCAGUUUCUCUAUGCCAGCGCAAAUUCUCC